UUAUACUGUUGUGUUUUAGCAUCAUCUCACUUAUGGAUUUUUGUCUCUCCUUGAGAAACACCUCUCAAAUUUUUGUUUUGACUAAUAGAAUCGUUGUUUGGAUUAUUCAAGAAUAGGGAGGGUGACUGAUCUUCUUCAACCUCCAAUGCCAAUAUCUCGUCAAGAUGUUGAGACUGUUCGAGUUUUCGUAGCGACAUGGAACUUAGGGGGAAAAUCUCCCCAUAAUGGUGUCAAUCUUGACGAUUUUCUUCAGCUCUAUGAUCAGCCCGAUUUGGUUGUUUUAGGUUUCCAAGAAAUUGUACCUCUAAAUGCUGGGAAUGUGCUAGUCAUGGAAGACAAUGGUCCAGCAGCAAAAUGGCUAUCUCUAAUCAGCCAAUGCCUUAACAAAUCCCCCAAUGGGGUGUUCAACACAAGCUCAUCAUCUCUGGGAAGUUUAAGUCUCUCCACCGCCACCGGCAGGUCGCUCCUCUACCAGAAAACCUCCCUCAGAACGCCGAGCAGAAGGCACCUCAGGAGCUGCAACUGUUCUACUUCUCAACCCGAAAAGAAGUACUACAGUAGCAAGGACUCUGCAUGUUUUGGAUGCCAACAAUCACCGGCUGGCGAAGACGACAACUCCAUGGAAGAUGACGAUUAUGGGCCGGAGAGUUCCAUGUUUUCCGAGCUAAUCCCCCGGAUGAAGUAUAGCCUUGUGGCCAGAAAGCAAAUGGUCGGAAUUUUUCUCACUGUUUGGGCUAAGAAGGAGCUCCUCCAGCACAUUGGCCACCUGAGAAUUUCAUGUGUAAGCCGCGGGAUCAUGGGUUGCCUAGGAAACAAGGGUUGCAUUGCGGUGAGCAUGUCCUUGCACCAAACAACCCUUUGCUUCAUUUGUAGUCACUUGGCAUCAGGAGAGAAAGAAGGAGAUGAGCUGAGAAGAAACUCAGAUGUUCUAGAGAUACUAAAAAAUACUCAAUUCCCCAAGACUCACAAAGCUCCACAUUGUAGGAUUCCGGAGAAAAUCCUACAACAUGACCAAGCAAUAUGGUUGGGGGAUUUGAACUACAGAAUUGCUUUGAGCUACAGCGAGACCAGAAAACUUGUAAAGCAAGAGGAUUGGGAUUCUCUUCUUCGUAGAGAUCAGCUGAAGAUGGAAAGGGAAGCUGGCAGGGUAUUCAAGGGAUGGAAAGAAGGGAAGAUCUACUUUGCACCCACUUACAAAUACUGUUAUGAUUCAGACACCUAUGCUGGUGAGAUUAGCAAAUCCAAGGCCAAAAGGAGGACCCCAGCUUGUGCAGGUGUGAUAGGAUACUGUGGCAUGGAAAUGGCAUACAGCAACUGUGCUAUGUACGCAGAGAGUGUCGUUUCUCCGACCACCGGCCGGUCUGUGCAACAUUCUUGGUUGAUGUGUUCCUUCCCAUUGAUUGAAGAUGCUGAUCAAAUUCAUGCCCUAAUUCAAUCAAUCAAUCAAUCUUCAUGGGUUUGAACAACUCCUAGCCUACCAAUUACUGUUCUUAUUUUGGUAUCAUAUGUGCUCACAGAGUUAUGUCCAUUUGAUUAUUCCAAUUAUCAAAUUUGAGGGCCAAAAACUCCAAUAAAUUGCAUGAUCCUAAAUGCAAUUUACUCUUUAAUCUCUGUAUUUCUUUUUUUUUUUUUUUUUCUCUUUGUGGGUAAAAGGGUAGAAAUUAUAAAAUAGAUAUUAACCUAUCUUUGUUGUAGUAUUGAU